UUAAAACAACAGCGAAUUCAUUGUCUGCUGUAAUAACUGUGGUAAAAACCAGCUUAAUCAACUCAUUUUUAGAGGUGCAACCAAAUGCACAAACGUGAACUCGAGGGGUUUGCUUUCUUAAAAGUCUGCCCUGUUGGCAUAUCUACUCUCCCUGCUCCUGGCAGCAGGAAGUGAUGUCACGGGGGAGGUGGUGGACAAAAAACCAAACUUUGUUGUGAUGAUGGUGGAUGACCUUGGGAUUGGUGAUGUAGGCUGCUAUGGUAAUGAUACCAUCAGGACUCCUAACAUUGACAGACUUGCUUCUGAGGGGGUGAAGCUGACCCAGCACAUUGCAGCAGCUCCUCUCUGCACCCCGAGCCGGGCUGCUUUUAUGACUGGCCGUUAUGCACUUCGCUCAGGAAUGGUCAGCAUGGGCCGUGUCCAGGUGCUGCUGUUCCUUGGAGGUUCAGGGGGACUUCCACCCACUGAGACAACUUUUGCUAAGAGGCUACAGCAACAAGGGUACACUACUGGCCUAGUAGGUAAAUGGCACCUGGGUGUGAAUUGUAAAUACAGAGGAGAUCAUUGUCAUCACCCCAACCAGCAUGGCUUCAGCUACUUCUAUGGCCUGCCAUUCACUCUGUUCAAUGAUUGUAUACCUGGAGAGGGCAGUGAUGUCUUAGUGGACCUCCACCAUGCACUCUGGAAUCUUACCUUGUUUCUUGGAGUUGGUCUAGUCACAAUGGUGUGUGUCCGUGUAUGUGGCCUCCUUGAAGUCAGACUGUGGCUCCUGGUAGCACUUUUCUUUCUCAGCAUCAUAGCAGCUGCUGUGUGGUAUGUCCCCUUUAUGCUGCUGCCAACCUGGAACUGUAUCAUCAUGAGGAACCAAGAAGUGAUCGAGCAGCCCAUGACAGUGGAGACGCUGCCCCAGCGGUUGCUGGGAGAGGCCCAAAAUUUUAUAAAGAGGAACGCUGAUCAUCCCUUCCUCCUCUUUUUUUCUUUGGCGCAUAUCCACACGCCGCUGUUUAAAACUCCAGCCUUUGCUGGCAAGAGUCGCCAUGGUUGCUAUGGUGACAACCUAGAGGAAGUGGACUGGAUCAUUGGUAAGGUGACAGAGACUGUGGAUUCCCUCGGCCUAGCCAACAAUACCCUCAUGUAUUUCACAUCAGACCAUGGUGGACAUCUGGAGGAUUCUGAUUCACUCAUUGGUCAGAAAGGAGGCUGGAACAGUAUAUAUAAGGGUGGGAAGGCUAUGGGAGGCUGGGAAGGUGGGAUCAGGGUACCUGGUAUUUUCCGCUGGCCUGGCAGACUAGCAGCAGGAAGAGUGGUGGAUGAACCCACUAGCCUCAUGGAUCUGUACCCCACACUGAAAUAUUUAGCCAAGGACACACAACCAGACAGGUAUUUAGAUGGAUAUAACCUCAUGCCACUGUUGGAGGGGAAAGCUGUGCGAUCAGAGCAUGAAUUCAUGUUCCACUACUGCGGCAUCUACCUGAACGCAGUACGCUGGCACCCGCCUGGCAGUGACUCCAUCUUCAAGGUGCACUAUUUCACUCCUAACUUCUCACCCCCGGGAGCUGGUGGAUGUUAUGACACUAAAGUUUGCCUGUGUCACGGGGACCAUGUGACACACCACAACCCACCACUCCUGUAUGACCUUUUCCAUGAUCCCUCCGAGUCCCGCCCACUGACUCCUGACACUGAGCCUCGAUAUGCUGAGAUCCUCGAGGAGACUGGCAAAGCUGUGGAGAAACAUAAACGUACUUUGACAAACGAACAGACGCCUGAUGGCUCUCCCUCCCAGGCCAACACAGAUGUUGUUCAAAACCAAAUGACUUGGGAAAAGAUUCUGUGGAGACCCUGGCUGCAGCCCUGCUGUGGGACAUUUCCGUUCUGUGGAUGCAAAGAAGAUACAACACAUUUUUAAGAUUAAAAACUUCUUUGGAGGGAGGUCUUCUGACAGAAAUUUGCCGGGAUAGAGCAAUUUCAGAUUUUUUUUUUAAGGCUCAUGAAUGAAAAAAAAUGGCUAGAAUUUUUGCAUAACAACAUUCUGCUCUUUUACUUAAAAUUUCUGUUGAACAACAUUGUAUAAUAUAUUUGAUUAUAUAUUGAAACACAGAGAGAAAUUGAAAUAUAUUACAUCUCUUCAAGUGAAAUAUUAAAAUGAAAAAUAACACAAUCCAGAAGUACGAUGUAUCAAUCAUCAGCCAUAAUUAAUUUAACUUUGUUUGAAUCAACAAGGGGAUUUCAGAUGACUCAGUGAACUGACUAGUCUUAACUGCUCAUUUAGUUUUUAAGAUUAUAAGAAUUUAUUUUCUUUUUUUUCAUGUUUGUUUUUUUUUUGGGGGGGGUACGUGUAACACUCAACUAUAUUGAGUUCAAUGAAUUGGAUUUAAUCAUUAUAUAAACUCCAUAAUCAAGCAAAAACAUUGAAAUAUUCCAUUUCUAUUAGUCUUUAGAUCGUUUUCUCACUGCCAGACUGAAGCUCCUUUCAGCCUCGGUUCUUGAGAAUGUUUUUUUCUUUUAACCUUCAACACUUUUCUGGUUACAUUUCUCUUCCUGGCAGAAUCCAUCAAGCUCUAAUAGAUUGAAUGAGGAGCUUCUGUGCACAGAUAUUUUCAUAUUUCCAGAGAUGCUCUGCUGCAUUCAGGUUCAGACUGACUGAAUCCCUCCAGGAAUCUUAACAGGAUUUUCUCAAAGCCAGUCUUGCGUUUUCUUGAUGGUACGCCUCACCCCAGCUCAACUUUACGGUCCGUUGUUUAUGCUCUCUAUUAAAAAAAUGAAGGAUC